CACCGCGCAUGCGUGGCUCAGGGAGCGUGCAGCGCGGUGAUCGCCGGUGCGCUGUGUCCCUCGGACGACACAGCGGAUCAUGGAAAGAGCGGAAAAUGUCAGCUCGAUCAUAUGAUCAGCUGUGUCCAAUCACAGCUGAUCACAUGGGACAUGUACACUGAUCAUCAGGGCAUUGAUGAUCAGUGUGCCCUGAUGAUCAGUGUGCCCCAGAAGUGCCACCUGUCAGUGUCCAUCAGUGUCAGCAGUCAGUGCUCAUCAGUGCCACGUGCCAGUGCCCAUCAGUGCCACAUCAAUGCCACAUAUCAGUGCAUACCAGUGCACAUCAAUGCCACAUAUCAGUGCAUACCAGUGCACAUCAAUGCCACAUAUCAA